UAUGUCCAUUCAUCUCUCAGGAAUCAGCUGCAGUCAGGAUGGCAGAGAAAAAGAUGUCGUCGAGCCGGAGGAAUCAGCUCAAGAGCUUGCUGCUGCAGAUCGUUGAGGCGAUACUGGAGGAGGAGGCGCAGGAGGACGAGGAGGAGAAGAUGAAGCACAUGGAGGAGAACUGCCCCGCCCUCUCCAUCCCAGGCUGCAUGCAGGAGCUCCAGGAACUGUGCCGGAAACUACACAAGCAGAUUGAUUUGGUGGACGAGGACCGAUACGACGUGGAGGUCAAAGUAACAAUGUCCAAUAAGGAGAUCAACGACCUGAAGCUGAAGGUUCAGGAUCUGAAGGGGAAGUUUAAGAAGCCGGCCCUGAAGAAGGUGCGGAUGUCGGCCGACGCCAUGCUGGCCGCUCUGCUGGGCUCCAAACAUAAAGUGUCCAUGGACCUGAGAGCCAACCUGAAGCAGGUCAAGAAGGAGGUCAAAGAGGAGGAGAAGCAAUCGGGCGACUGGAGGAAGAACAUUGAAGACAAGGCCGGGAUGGACGGCAGGAAGAAGAUGUUCCAGACAGAAGCUUAAACAGCAGCGUGUUGUUCCUCUGUUAACCAGUAUUAUUCAUUUCUGUGUAUUAUGUCAGUUCAUGUUGUUGGCAAUGUGUAUAGAAUAAAUAAAUCAUUUGAUGCUUUUGUG